GAUCAUCACAUGUGUUACUUGUAUUAAUCGCGACGACGCCGGGCCUUGUGACUACGACUUUACUCAAAAGAGAAGAGAAAUGGAAUCGGAAGAAGUGGAUAAGAAUGCAGCAAAUGCAGCCCCUAAAGCCAAAGAACAUGCACUUAUUGCUGCAGAUUUAGAGAAAGUUACAGACUAUGCGGAAGAAAAUGUUAUAUCGGGGCAAGAUAUGAGCAAUGCCAUUGCAGCAUUGAGUGGUGACAGAACAAAAGAAGUAGAAAAGGCCGAAAGAGAAAAGGAACUGGCCAAGGUGACAAUAAAGAAAGCGGAUGUUGACCUAAUAAUCCAUGAAAUGGAAAUCUCAAGAUCUGAAGCAGAAAGAAGUCUGAGGGAAAACAAAGGAGAUCCUGUUCAAGCAUUGCUUCAGCUUGUCAACUGAAAUUAUAUAGACUUUCCAUGAACUUUAUGUGUACUUACCUGACAUGGAUUGUUGGAAGGAAGUGUGAGUCUCUUGACCUAGGUGAUGUUGAUGAUUCUUUGGUCAGUUUUGUGAUACUCCAAGGACCAAACAUCAAAAGUACAACCUAAUCUGAUAUCAUAUGUAGAUUGCAAUGCAAUUCAUGUGUCUCAGAUGAAACAAUUCUAAGCAUAUCUUGUUCUACUGUACUACAGCAAGAUGAUGAUAUGCAGAAAAAUACUUUGGUGUCUGCAUCAUAUGAAAGCAGUAGUGACGUAACUUUCUUAUCAAAGAGUUGGGGGGGGGGGGGUUGAGCUAUUGUUUAUGUUCAAUAUUUUGCCCUUCCUAGGGUUUUUUUUUUCUGAUCAGAAUUGAAACUUAUGCAGAUUUAGUGUGAUUAUGUGUUAUCACAUUCACAGUGGGUAAUGGUGUUAUCUAGGAAGACAGUGCCAAAUGCAAGUGCUAAAAUUACUUUUCUUCCAACAUCUGACACUAGGGGCAAGGGCAAAACACACCCUCCUUCCAAAUUUUGACAUUGUCAUCUUAUUCACAUCAUUAAAUGACCCACAUGAACACUUCAAAAAUGUUUAAAGACUUUUUAUAAGACUGGUAGUGGUAGGUCGAAGUCUAUCUUGAGUAAUGGGCCAUGGGCAUUGUAUUGCUGCUGAUAUACUACAUGUAUUAUGUUAAAAUGACAUCUACAGUUAGAUUAACAGACUUCUAUUAAUUAUUUUGAAACUGUGGUGAAUACCCCUACAUAAAAAUGCUUUUCAUUGUUUUUCUUCCGUUUUGUAUUUUGAUUUUGAAAGGCAUAUGCUUGCACAAGACAAGAGCUUUCUUCAUACUAAGUAUUCAAUAUUUCUCAAAACCCUUCAUAUUUUAUAGUCUGAAAAUUUGCUUGUAAAAUUGCCAUGAAGACUGACCUAUGUAAAGUGUAAGGGUUAACUUAUUUUACAAAAAAAAAAAUUACUGAGACUACAUAUUUUUUCUUUUUUUGUCUCGCCCAGCAGA